GGGCCCACCACCGUGAAGGGAUUCCUGGGGGAGUCCCUUUCGGUGACCUGCUCGUACCAGCGCGGCCAGGAGAUGAAACGGAAAUUCUGGUGCUAUCCGGCACUAAUUUCCACCUGUACCGAUGACAUCGUCGUCACCUCGGAGCAGGAACCCAAGGCGCAGCAGGGCCGAUUCUCCAUUGAGGACAAUCGCACACAGCGGGUGUUCACAGUGACCGUGAAGGACCUGACCGAGGAGGACACGGGCAUCUACCGCUGCGGGGUACGAACUGGCUUUGGCUGGCGUGAUGACAGUGCCGAGGUGAAGGUGAUCGUGUCCCCAGGUCAGUACUCGUGGGAGCCCCCGGAUAUAACGUUGGGAGAGGAUGCCUUGAACUACGUGGACAUCAACCACCGCACGGACACAGCUGAGAGCCAGUUGUACAGCAACACCGAGGCUUUCCGCUGCCUGACAGACACCACGACUGAAUACAUGGAGGUCAAGCAGAGUGCAAUGGUGCUGGGAAUAAAAAAACUGCCACUUCUCCUAAGCCUGCUGGGCACCUUGGACUGA